GAAAUGUAUGGCCUUCUAUUAAAGGAUGAUUCAAGUUUCUGAAGAGCCAUAGCGACAAGAUAAUGGACAUGAAAGUAGAAUCUACCAGAAGUAAAAGGAGAGGAAGCAGUUUGCAAAACAGUCCCUGUGAUAUUGACCAAGCAACAGACUCAUCAGAUGUAUCCCAAUCUGGUUCAGGCCUUCUGUCUAGAAGACCCAAACAAUCCAGGCAUAUGCCCAUCAUCAGAGCCCAUCAUCAGAGAGCCCAUACAGCACCACAGCAUCAAGAGGGUAGACUCAGCUCCAGCAGUUCAAGUUCAUCACUUACAAUUGACAGUGGAGAGGAAAGUAACCAAUCUUCUGGCUCAUCUUAUCAAGGGAAACGCCCCAGCACUGGAACCUAUUCCUGUCAUAUUUCUUGCCGAGUAUCUCCAGACAAGCCAGGCCAUUUUGAGUAUCUCCGACCCUACUCUGUCUUCCGUUCCCCACUGAAGCGAUCUAGGAGUGUUCCUAUAAGUUUCAGUGAAAGUUACCGUUUGCAGCACCCCGACUUGAGUAAAGGCCAGAAGACCUAUUUGUGGCACACUGCAGCAGUAUACAGUAUGACCAACAUGAAGGCAUUACAGGAGAGGCGCUAUAAGCAGUUAUUACAACACCAAGUAGAUAUUGGUUUUCAUACUCAAGAAGAAUGUGAUCGAUACCUUAAUUACCUGCUUGGCUCACGUAAACACCAGUACAUGGCUGACCCAAGGGUAUGGAGGGAACCACCCAAAAUACCUGUACGGCCCAAAUAUUUUCAUCAUCCCCCACCGUCCAAGAGCCAGUCACCUCGAGACUACCGCUUCUUCCCUAGAGGAUAUGAAGGGUCUACAAAAGAUGUAAGUGAUGAUGACAAAGACAAGACAGAAGACACUGAGAAGUAUGAAUAUCAAGCCAAGGACAAAGGUCAAGCUGACAAUUUGAAUCAGGGCAAGGACAGACCAACUGAUGAGGAAAGAAGCCAUACAGAUGAGGCAGGUCAACUUGAUGGUACAGAGAAAGCCGUUGAUGAGAACAAGAAAGAUGACAUGCACCGUGAAGGUCAAGAUUCACAUUCAGUUUCAGAUGAUGAGCAAAGUCUGUCUGAAUCCAUGCAAGGGGUGUCUCUGUUCUAUGAUCCGAAACGGAAGACCACAGUUACACGGGGACAGAAAGCGAAUCAGGAGGAGUCAGGAAAAGAGAAUGCUAACUUGGAGGGCAGUCAGAAAUCCCUAAAGAUAAGUCAUCAAAAUUGUUUCUGGGGAUCUCUCUGAUGUCACCUGUGGCAUAUUGACAUUUCAGGUGCAAGUGACACUCUUGAGGCAUGUGCAUAAGUGUAUUAAAAUAGGAGGAUUCAGGAGAUUUAGGCUCCAUAACAUUACAGUUGCAUACUCUGGAUUUCUUCUGCCAUGUGUGUGGUUACUAAAAGUAAAAAAAAAAAAAGUUUGUCAUCCAUACCCAUGCAAUGCAAAUGUCCAAGAUGUUUACUCACCUAACUUUGACCUGGUAACCCCAGAAGUAAAGGUCAUGGUACUUCUUUUACCCAACAAGGAAUGGUAUAUCAGAUUACAGAGUGUAAACAGAACACAGCGUGAACUUUUUUUCACAGGUUUUAAUUGAAAGAUGAUCUUGAAUGAACUAAAAUCAUAUGUAACUUGAUACCCGAUGUUGUCAUCUUGAUGUCACAGUAAUAACUAAUAUGAACACCUCACGAUCAAAGGUUGAAGAAAAUUAUUGUAUGGAGGGGAAACAAGAGUGAAAAAAAAGAAAAAAUUGUACAGAAACAAAGGGUGAUCGGAGAUCCGCUUGAUCAGCCAGGAGUGGCCCUUUAUUUUGUAUACCUUCUUGGCAAAACAGCUGCCAGUCAUUAAUAUAUAAAAUGACUACUAAUGCUGUACCGUUUUAACUGUUUGAUAAGUAUAAACAGUUUUUAAACUGAAACUUGAACUUGCCUCAUAUAUACUAUUAAGUGAGCCUCGUCUGUUUCACCAUGGGAUUGAUCACCUAGAGUUUAAAUGUCUUGCACUGAUAAGGAGGAGGAUAGAUGACGCUAAUUACCCAUCCACUCAUUAAUGAAUUGGAUACUUCAGCCAGUGUCUCUGGUAGGCCCAUUGCGUAAGCAUCAUCAAACCAUUUGGUUAAGAGCUGACUGACACUGAUUAGCUAAUAAGGGCUGACUGUGCAAAGGAAUGCAAACAGAGUUUAUUACAAAAUGUAUUACCUUAUAAUAGAGCCAGAUCCAGUACAGGCAUUCUCAGCAGCCACAAUGCAGACUUUUGUCCCAAGCUAA